CAGGCAGGCAGGCUGGCUAAGAGAGAGAUAGAGUCGUCCACUUUUCUAAGCACUUUUAUAGCAAAUGGUAAAUGGUUCGUUGUAUUCAUGUGUAUACCGAUACGACAUCCCAGAAUAUUAUAUGUUCUAUAUGAGCUACAGGCAUAUGUGCCUUCGUCUGUUCUUCAGACAGGUAGAAAAGAGUGUUCUCUGCUGGAGUAUCAAGAGCAUAAACUGUUUGUAAAAAAUAAGGGAAAUCAUAUACUCUUUGGAUACACACAGAAAAUACACGAAAGAAGUGAAUAAAGAGCAAAAAAAUAAUAAUAAUAAAAGUGUCGCAUCCAGAUGCCUUCAGUUCACCUUGAAUUUGUGUUUAUUAAGUUUACUCUCAGUGUGUGCCACACAUAGUGUGUGUAUUUGUCGAUGAUUGCAUAUAUUCAGCAUAAUUUUGCAGUUGUGAACCAAAUGUCGAAUGAACAAUAAGAGCAUUGAAUUUUUGAGUGAAUUUUAAACGCUUCAUCUCGUUUGUUCGGGACAAUUUCUUUUCAUGCGAUUUACACCGAUUUUGAUUUGUGCGAAAGUGUAAAAAUAAAAGACUUGAAUCUUUUGCAUUUUGUUAAAUGUGUUCUUAAACGUAAUUAUCUUCAAAAUUUUGCUUAUUAUUGUGAAGUUCAUAAGUGGAAUAGUACUGAAAGCCGAGUCCAAGUUCAAAAACGACCCGAGUCCAGCACAGGAUACGAAAGAUUGAUCUCUUACGCUUAUCUGAGUCUAAAGAUGUUUCAAGUGUUUAUUUAUGAAAGAUCCCGAGAUGGUUAACUGUUAAGAGAAAAAUAUAUAUAAAGCGAUAUUCAAACGAAAGAACGUAUGGUAUUCAACUCACAGAUUCAACUGAAAACUGGUCAAUAAACUUCAGCAGGGUAUUUAGUUACGUUUGAUACGUAUUCAUUGUAAACCAAGGGAAAAAUCAACAUCGAUAAACAAAAAUGCGGCGAGCAUCAUUCACACCAGCAUUCAAAGUGAGUGUCGACGAACCAUUGAUCGUGGUGGAUGAGUCUGAGGAGUUGGAAAAUGAGCCCACAUCGCCCAAGUCAAUCGAAGAGGAAGUGGACGAUGACAAAGACUCACCAGACAAUCCGUAUUUGUUGUCACCAUUUCGAGAUCCUCGCGAAACACGAAAACACUCUUUACCAAACAUACAGUGCACAAGUGGCAUAAUGGCCAGUCAAGUGCGUCGGCUCUCAGAUGGCGGCGACAAUGCACCCUCUACAAGUGAAAUGGCAUUUCUAGCAAAACUAUCUCAGGCGUCUACUUCAUCUGGUCGACGACACUCGAUUGUGACAUUCACUCGCGUUCCACAAACACUUUUCGGCCGUAACAGACGAGAAUCAUUUGCUGCCUUCGCUUCGACGGGUGAUGCUGAUGCAAUCAACGCACGCUUAGCAAAACACAGAGGCAGCGUACACAAUCUUCAGUUAGAUAUCAUGGAUGGCAUUGUUCAAGUUGGAAAAAUUUGAGACGAAACGAAGCCUCAGUAAUUUCACGGGGUGAAAAAAUUCACGUGAGGCAGACGUAACAUAUGUUAACAUAUACUAAUAAACCGAUUGAAACAUGUAACUAAAGAACAUAUUGACAUUGACAAAAGAUACUAAAGAUUGGAUCUAGUUUAUCUUUAAAUAACAAUAUUGACGAAAGGAAGAAGCAUCUAAAAGUGAUUCGAGAUGAGACGAUAGAUUCGUUUCAAGAAUGGCAAACACUUGAUAUUCAUAGUACGAUUUUUUUCUCUUUCUUUCCGGUUUUUUUUUUCUGUAUUCGAUAACAAAGUUAUAGAUUUUCUGUUUUGUUUGAAUUACCGUGUAUCAUUGUCAAGGUUUUAUCUUGGUGCAAUCAACCGAGGAUCAUAUGUAUACGUAAACAAAACAAAACAAACAAUAUAAUUACAAUCCUCACGUUUAUAUCUCUCUGGUAAUUCAACCUGUUCUAUUAUUCAAUGGCUUAGUUCUAUAGAUAUACUUUCUACUUCUUCUUUCACACUCAGGAAACGUUACCUUCCAUAUUAGUUUAUAUACACACAAGCAUGGACAACAAACACAUAAAUAAAAUCUAAAUGAAUAAAAUAUGAUUGUAUUGUGCAAGAGGCUUAGAUCUCUUCUCUCCCAUUCGAUUUAAUAAUUUUUUGCGAAAUAUUGAUGUCAUUAUGUUGUGAAUCUAAUAGAAGAUGAUAUCAAGCAACAGAAGCAGAAGCAAAAACAGAUUAAAUGAUAAAAACAUAAUACACACUCUAUAAACAAGAAAUGUAGUAUCCGUUUUUUUGGAAUUUCCAUAUAUGAAACCAAUUGUGUCACACACACAACACAACACGACACAACACAACACAAACAGAGAUAGAUUUUAUUCAGGUGACGAAAUGUACUUGAACAAUUGAAGAGAGUACAAAGAAAUUAUAUUAAUGAUCAGAAUAUAUAUAUACCUUUACUAUUUACUAUGAAUUCAUAUUUCAAAUUACAAAUAACAAAUUUCUUCUACAAAUUGUUACUAAACAAACAAAAGAACCUUUCAAAUUCAAAACCGAAGAAAAAAGAAAUAACAUUGAACGUGUCUUAGAUUAACAUGAUGAAAUACUGAAUUACAACUAGAUACACUAAAUAAGAAGCAGAUUGAGAACAAUAAUAAGAAUAUUUAAUAUUUGUUGUAAACGUGCCCUACAAAAACAAAAACAAAAAGAUAUUGAAAAAAAAACUUUUGCCUUCGUCCAAUUAAUCAGUGCCCCGAUGACCAAAACUCAAACUACAAAGAAAAAAAGAAGCAAUUUUUAAUUAAAUGGUCUUUGUGUCGCAAUAAAACGUGGCAUUUCAUUUGAAACAGUGAAGCAUUACAUUUAGGGAUUGAGUGAGGUAGACAGAUUUAAGGCAACCCCACACUAAACAAACUCGACUAAGCUUCAAAUACUCUUAGUUUACAUUGAAUUUAUGUUAAAAGAGAAUUUAAAUUAACAGACAACAACAACAACCAAAAAUAAUAAGUCAAACAAAACUAAACUCGAGCGGGCUUGAGUUGUGUUUUUUUUUAUUUUUAACCGAAUCGCACGUAGCAUACCAAAGUUAUUCCGGCAUCUAGAUAAUGCUUACGAACUGAACAAAAAUAUACAUAUAUAUAGUGUAUGUGCAACGCCACACAAUAACAAUGCCAAGCAACAUCUAGAUGUCUUGGAACUAUUUUUGAAGGAAACUGAAACUUUGUAGCAAUUAAGAUUUACAAAGCGAUAACACAAAGCGAAAGGUGCAUUGGCGCUGUCAACAAAAUAAAACAACAACAACAUAAAAAAAAAACAAAACAAACACUGUAGUGAUUAUAAAUUAGGUGAGCAGGUGGAAUUGAUAAUCAGAAAUAAGUUUGCAAUAAAAUGAUAUAUACGUGCCACGGAAACAGCAUUACAAGUAAAUGGCAAUCAUAAAACAAAUUAAUUACAGGUUAGUGGAAGUCAUUCAGCAAAUGUACUGCCAUUUUUAUUUGUUCGUUUUCUCUUCUCUUACUUGCUGUGUGUGUCGAAAUCCGUAAUCUCGAUGAUUUGACAUGAACAUUGCCUGGAGCAACUAGCAUUACAUUUUAUUCGAUUUGUUAACACAAACACACACACACAAAACCGCAGGAGGAAAUGAUAAAAAUUAUGAAUGGAUCACACAACAGUACAGCCUAUGGCGGUAUAAUACGUUUAUCCAACAUGAACUAUUUACAUAAAAAUUAAUGACUUUUCGCUGGAAUUCUCUUUUCUUUGGCGAAAUCCAGGCAUUAUUAUACGAUAUCCAUGCAUAUAUUGUAGCAUGUAUACACGUUGUAUGCCCCAUGAUAGUUGAUCUAGAUCAAUUAAUUUUUACCAAUCUUUCUUCUCCGUUUCAAGCACCCAUUUCAGUUUAACAUACGUUUUUCUUGGGGGGGGGAACUCUUUUUCCCAAAUAGAAACUCAAAUAGUCAUAGAUAAUGUGCACAGACGUCCUCGUAUCAGGAGGACGGUCCUCGUUGUUGAUAGCGGUCCUCUAAUCGAAAUGUCCUCGUUUUUCUUUAAAAAUUCAUAAAAUAUGAUUAAAAAAUCAAGAAAAAUGAAAUUCAAAUUGGAUAAAAUGAUUAUUUAUCAUCAUUUAUAUGUCAUUCAAUUUAUUUCAUCCUUAAUUUUAGAAAAAAUGUUGGAAAAGUCCUCUUUUUUUCGUUUCGAAAAAAAAGGCCUCGGAAAAAAUCUGUGCACAUUAGUCAUAGAUCUACAGAUCUAGACAUGUAUGUCUUGAUUACGAUCUUUCUACCCACUAAGACGUUUUUAUUUUGCAACAGAACUAUACAGAACCAUGUAAAUCCCCGAAAGAAUAAAGAUAUUAAACCAUUGUGAUCCUUUUACUAUAUUAAAACAUUAUGAUAAUGGAAAAACUUGGGAUUCUUUUUCCCUUGCAUCCUAUCCAAAAAAAAAGUUACGAUUUUAAUUUCGUUCGUUGAAUCCCGAUUUAUUAUUUAUCAUUAUUAUCAUAAAAGAUUCACGUGGAAAAAAAGAGAACAUACAAAUUUAUAAAUUUCAUAUUAGUGUUGUGAUUUUGAAGUACUUUACAAUUUAUCUUCAUAGCGUUAACAACAACUAACAAACCAAAAAAAGUGUUAUUAAUAUUUACUCAAAGCGUAGAGAAAAAAAUCCAAAAAAUUAUUUUAAUGUGAAUUGUUCUAGACUUUUAAAUCUGAGAUUUCAAACUAAAUAUCUUAUUCAUUAAAUAGAAUUAUAAAGGAAAUAUAUCGAGAGGUUGACACAUUUUUAUGAUCAAACGAGGAGUUAAAAGUAUACAAUGCGCUCAUCAGAUUGAACCAAAACCAAGACAAUCUUUUCUCUAAAUUACCACGUGAGAAUGGAAAAAAGAUUUACAUGUAAACAAGAUCGAAGAGUGUCAUUUUACAAUCAACAGUUCAAUACUCCAACGAGAUCGAAUCAAUCAAUAGUUGGUGAAGGAAAUAGUUAUAUAUUAUCAUCGACUAUCACUUUGUAGCUCCUAAAUAUAUGAGAACAACAAACAAGCAAAAAAGCAAACGAAUUAGUCUGUGGAAGCAAAUUUGAAGGAACCCACCAAAAUCUCAUUUUGAUUGGAUAUUUUUCUCAAUUUUCUUUAUACUAAUAUAUUGAAUUCAAGUAAUAUAUUUCGACCAUGUGAAUAAAUACUGAAGCAAAACACAAAUACACACACAAACUCACAAUCAUAUGCAAUGUAAAUAAAAACAAUUUAAUUAUUUUGGAUGUAACCA